AUGGUAUCUUGGUUGUUUGGCGGUUGUCAGGCUGCGAAUGUACCAACCUAUUUUGACAUCAGACUCGAAAACAACACCCUUACACUUCCCCGUAUUGAGGAGGAUACUAGCUACGGCCGCCUUAACGGCACUGUUGUUCUAUGUUUGAACAGGCCACUUCCCGUCAAAGAGAUCAAGCUCCACACGCGAGGAAUCCAAUAUGUCAAUUGGGACUCGACAACACUAGAUGGCCAACACAAGAAAGAAAUAUGGCGCGAAGCAACAUUCUAUCACCAGAUCUGGAGCUUCCUUCCAGAGUCGAACAAAAAACAAACGACUUUACAGCCCGGCAACUACGAGUUUCCAUUUUCAAUCACUCUGCAAAACAGCCUCCCAGAGAGUGUUGCAGGACUAGACGACUGCUACAUUCGAUAUGAGUUGACAGCCGGGAUCAACUGUCCAUGGGGAAUGAUCACAAGAUCAAAAGACAUGAGUGUAUCGAAAGCUCCGGAGCCUCUAUCAUUUCUCGAACCCGAGAGCAUUGAAAGGACAUGGGCCGAAAAGAUCGCAUAUCGAAUCAGUAUCCCAGGUCGAGCGUACCAACUUGAAGCCCCUAUCAAGAUCGACUUCCGAUACAUACCACUCAAGAAGGGCGUUCGUCCCGCCUCAAUGAAGGUGCAGCUUGUGGAAUCCCAUGCUGUAUCCAGGGCUAGAGGACCAAGACCUACCCGCCAAACCCGAGAAAAAACGAUACUCGAUGAAUUCUUCGAGUUUGAGAAUUCCCUAGAGGACAUGACUUCGACCGAGGAAGUAGAUGGCGAGCAAUGGAGUACCUUAUCCCGUACCAUUCUGUCUUCGAGUCUCCUCGAACCCUGCAUGCCGAGUUGCAGCACGUCAGCCAUCAAAAUAUCACACCGUCUCAAAGUGUGCCUCAAGCUUCUCAAUCCCAAUGGAGCGUACUCGGAGAUUGCUGCCUUCUUCCCAAUCUCCUUUUGUUCUUUGUCAAAGGAUUUCUCCUCUUCUUCUGCACUAUACAAAGAACAUUUCACGGACCUUCAGCCUGCUCCAUCAUACACAGACUAUAUACAUGACAGGCCAUACCCAGAGUGUGAUGUAAUGGACAUUUUAGAUCUACAAGCUCUGACAGGCCAAAGUGAGAUUCCUGGACUGGAAUACAGCGAGGACAAAGGCUUUUCAGAGGAUCUUCUGGGAACUCCUUGCUAUGAAAGUGCGAUAUGCUCAGGGGCUCCACGGAAUGGGGGAAGCCCCUGUUACUGGGAUAUUGUUUCAAUUGACGGAUAG